UGUAUAUACGCCACUGGUUCGAGGACUUAAGUCCCCCUUGUUAAUUAGGAUAUGCCACGCCCAUGUCGUUUAUCGCAAACACUGCAGCUGAUAAUUUACCAUUAGAAAAUCUCGUAUCGAAUAUGAAUGCGUAUCACAUCGCAGUAUUUGUUUGAACUUUUACGAAGGCAACAGGUUGGUAAUUUUGUUUGACAAGCGUUCGAAUCUAUAACUGCAGCCGUUAUACAAGUCGAUCAUGAUGUAUUUUCUGACCGACUGGUUACUCGACAACUUCACCUAUCUGAGCUUGAUCGCCGUUUUCACGGGAUUCUACUAUUAUUCGACAUCAACGUACGGUAAAUGGCAGAAAUUGAACAUACCAUACAUACCACCUGUGCCACUGUUUGGUAACGCUUUCAGAAUGGUCACGAAACUCGAAUGUCCGAUGGAUAUGUAUGACAGACUCUACAAACAGUUUCCAGACGUCAAACUGUUAGGAUUCUACCAGAUGACGGAGCCGAUGCUGUUAAUCCGUGACCCGGAGCUAAUCAACGCGAUAUUGAUCAAAGACUUCCCGUACUUCACCGAUCAUGGUUUUGUUAUGGACCCAUCCACAACCGUGAUGGCCAAAAGUCUGUUCUUCUCCAACGGCCAGAGAUGGCGGAAAAUGCGCCAGAAGCUGAGCCCAGGAUUUACGUCAGGCAAACUGAGGGACACGUACUUGGCAAUAAACGAGUGCAGCAAUCAAAUGGUGUCUAGCAUCGUCGAAAAGCUAGGUAAGACCGACCGACUUGCCAUAAGAUCUAUAAUUUCUGGUUUUUCAAAUGACGUGAUCGGUAUGUGCGCGUUCGGUAUACAGCUGGACUCGAUGAACAACGAAGAUUCGGAUUUCCGCCGGUACUCUGAGAGAAUUUUUGAAAAAACCACGAAACAGAUUAUUGUUCAGGCGGUGACCACAAUCUUCCCCUUCGUAAUCAAUCUGUUUAAAAUACAAAUGUUUUCGGCAGAAGCUACCAAUUUUUUCCGUAAGGUGUUCGCCGACGUGAUCAAUUACCGUGAAAAAAACAACAUUGUCCGGAACGAUUUGACACAAACCUUGUUACAAGCUCGUAAAGAAUUGGUGUUGAAGGAAAACUCGACUGCUGAAGGUAUUGUUUUUGCGGAUCAAUUCACCGAUGAUGAUAUUAUCGGUAACGCAAUUGUCUUGUUCGCCGCUGGUGCGGAAACUAUUUCAUCUAUAGUAUCUUUUUGCCUGUACGAAUUGGCGCUGAACAAAGAAAUCCAAGACAAAAUGCGUGCGGAGAUAUGCUCGAUGAAAGCAAAACACGAUGGACAGUUUAACAACGAUUUUUUGAUGGACCUCCGUUACACCAACAUGGUAUUAGAAGAGACUGGGCGCAAAUACUCCAUUGCAUCAAUUUUAAUGAGAGAGGCAACCAAAACAUACACUCUACCUGACGAAUCAUUUGUCAUUGAAAAGGGUCAAAAACUUAUUAUACCGAUGUUUAGCAUACAUCGUGACCCAAAAUAUUAUCCUGAUCCGUUAAUAUUUGAUCCGGAAAGAUUUUCUAAGGAACAAAAAUCUCAACGACCAAAUGGCAUAUACAUGCCGUUUGGCGAUGGACCUCGAAUGUGCAUGGGCAAACGAUUUGCUGAAUUAGAAAUGAAAUUAGUCCUGUCAAAUGUAUUGUCAAAAUUCGAAGUAUUACCGUGUGAAGAAACCGAAAUUCCCCUGGAGAUAACAAAUGAAACAUUAGUAAUGGCACCAAAAAGAGACCCAGUGUUAAAAUUUAGACCGAUCAUAGAAGAUUAAUUUUAGUUAUUUAUAUUUCUGAAAGAAUAUUAUAAUUAGUUAAAAAAUAUAUAGAAAAAUAUAUCCAUGUCAUAUACCUUGUAUUAUAAUUAUAUUAUAUUUACCUAUUUGUUUGUCAAUAUUUCAUAAUAUUCUUGUCAUACUCUUAUUGAAAUAUUUUUCAUUAAACUGUUUGGUUUUAUUAUAUCACUA